AUGCAACCACCCAAAAGACCCAGUAAAGCCUGCGAUGCUUGCAAGCGACUGAAACGGAAAUGUGAUCGCUUAGAGCCAUGCAGUCAAUGCAAAAGAGCAAAUGUAAUGUGUGUGUUCAAUACCUGGCAAACCACAGUGUCUAAUCAUAAAGUACAAAAGCCUGAAAUUAAUCCGAAAAAAAAUCCACCACCAUUAUACAAAGAGGAAAAAGUUUCAAAAUCUAUUGAUGAAAGUCAGUUGGGUGAUCUGAAAAUAAGCAUUAUGAGAGAUUAUUCUUCCAUAGACAUCAAAGACCUACGUAGGGUCAACUAUGGUCCGUUUUCGUGGCCCAGUUUGCUCAGUUCAGACCCCAUGUUGAGCAACCUAGAACAGUACAUUUUGAAAAGGCGACCCAACUUUUCGUUUUCUUCCUACAAUAGCCAAGUUUUGGAAGAAUCUAAGGCAAUUCACUGGAAUCCCAACCAUGAACAAGGCACCAGAGUCCACAAUCGAAUGAGCUACAAAAGUGCAUUUGACAAUCUGGCCGUUGAUGUGAUGAUUGCCGUUGCUCUACCUCCACGACUGGUGAUUUCAAGGUAUCUAGACUAUUUUUUCCGGACCUUAUAUCAACUUCUUCCCAUUUUCGACGAGACCGAUUUCAAAUCCCAUAUUUUCAAAAUGCUCCCUGACGAUGACUCGCCAAUUACAAGAUUACAUGCCACCAACAAGCUGCAGCUUGCCAGAGCCGGCUCACUUAUCGUCAUACUUCGAUUUACAUCUCUUUUUUGUCGGGAUCGAAAUGUUGAAGAAAGAGACUCCAUUCUCAUUGAACAUCCUAUUUCGAUCUCGAUUGUGGAAGUGGCCCUCGAAAUCCUUGACCAGUUCAACUUGAGCAAGUAUUCGACUAUAGAAGUGCUUCAGUUUGUCAUGUUGGUCAAAAAUUACCACAGAUUUGCACCAGAAACAGUCGACGGAGUAGACGACUGCGACGCAAAUGUGUCUCUCGAUAUUGCCAUACUCAUGGCUAAGAACCUUGGUAUAAACAGAGACACCUCACACAUGCGAAGCGUCCAAGAUGAAAGCAGCUCUAUGCACCUUAUGAGCAAAAUCUGGUAUUUGCUCUUCUUUUGGGAUAUACGACGUUCAUGUAUUUCUGGAAUUCCCCUAUUAAUCAGUGAUUCAGACUACGAUAUUCCGUUUCCAGAAUACAAGGAAGGAGUCAAAAAUGUUCUUGAUGAAAGUACGGAAAGACGUUGUAUCGAGGCUUUCCAGUUCCUCAAAAGUUACUGUAUGCCGUUGAAGAAAAUCGUGGAUUUGAGUUUGAAUUUGAAAUCAGCAAUUUCAUUUGUGGAACUAACUACCUUGAUUGAAGAACACUCCAAACUAUUACGUGGUUUGGAGACCGAUAUAAAGACGACAACCAGGCAACCAGACCAAUCAUUCAGUCUCGCAUUAAACUACAAACCGAUCAUUUAUUUGGAUACAAAAAGCUGCUUCAUGUGCUAUUAUUUCUUGUUAUACCUUCACUGUGAAAAGUACUGUGACAAGAAUAGCCAAAGGUUCACAGAAGUGCUCGAGAAAAUCAUCACCAAGGAUAUUACUUUGAUGUGCAAAUUUUUUUUCUACAAUGAUGUUUUCUACGACCUUCUUUCUGCUCCAUCAGUAGAAGGAGCAGUACAAAAGGGAAAUAUUGUCAUGACAUCCUUGUUGUUGCACAGAAAGGAUUGCUCGAACCACAUGAAAUGGCUCGACACAUACACUAAAAAGUUUGUAACCUUCAGUUCCAAAUUGUCAAAAGAGUAUUGUUACGCAUGGCAAACUACCAAGUCUCAAAUUUUUGUGUUGGAUCUUAUAGCUUCAAGUGAAUUCAACGCCAAGGAGAUUCAAUCCGGAGCAAGUGAAGAUAAAAAAGUUGUGGAAAAUCGACCAUUAUUCACUGUGGAAUCAUUAUCGGAACCUUCCUUGCUGGAAGUCGAUAAUUACUGGAUAAACUAUUUUAGCCAUUUUGGAGGAGUGUCUGACCUAACAGGUGAUGUAAGAUUCGAUGACUUGUUCUAUUCCCCAGCAAUGUUCCUACCAGGCACCAAAGAGAAUUAA